AUGGCGAGCCGGGUCAAGGAGGACGAGCGGCACGAGAAGAUCAUCCGCGGCCUGCUCAAGCUGCCCGCCAACAAGCGCUGCAUCAACUGCAACAAUUUGGGACCACAGUAUGUCUGCACAAAUUUCUGGACUUUUGUUUGUACCAAUUGCAGUGGAGCACAUCGAGAGUUCACGCAUCGAGUAAAAUCAGUUUCCAUGGCCAAAUUUACUGCACAAGAAGUUACUGCCCUUCAAGAAGGGGGAAAUGAGCGUGCUAGAGAAGUAUUUUUCAAGGAAUGGGAUCCUCAACGAAAUGGAUACCCUGACAGCAGUAAUGCUGACAAAUUGAGAAAUUUCAUUAAGCAUGUGUAUGUGGAACGGAGAUACACUGGAGAAAGAAGUACUGAUAGGCCACCAAGGGCAAAGGAUGACAAGGAUGAGUAUAGUGAAAAUAGGAGGUCUGAUGGAAAUUGGGGUGGUUCAAGAAGUCCACCAAAUGGAAGUUACUCUGAUCGUCGGAGUUAUAGUGGACGGAGUGAUGACAGAAAUUCCAGAUAUUCCUAUGGGGACCGUAGUCCUGGCUAUGACCAAAAUGACUAUAAGAAAAGUCCUCGCUACUUUGAGGUUGUCGAUGAUAGAUCUGGAAAAACAACUCCAGUUCAAAGGUUUGAAGACCGGAGGUUUUCAGAGACCAGAAAGCCAGAUAGUGGGUCUCCAGACUUCCAGAAAGAAGCUGAUGGUUCUAGUCCUGUUGUACGGCCAGUGAGGGAUAUAUUGGGUGACAACGCUCCUCAACUUCGGGUUGGUGAGCCUUCAAAGCCAGCUACUGAACCUCCAAAGCCAACUGUAGUCAGACCACUUGAUCCUCCAAAGCCAAGUGUAGUCAGACCAAUUGAUCCUCCAAAGCCAAAUGGAACCAGGGCAAUUGAUCCUCCACCACUGACAAAGACAAUAUCUAGUGCCAGCAGCAUUGGUUCUUCAGAAGGGACAUCGGAACAGACAAAGGUGGCAACUGCAGUGAGUUUAAUUGAUUUUAGUGCAGAUCCUGAACCUGCAUCCGCAGCACCACCACAGCCGACCCCUAUGCCCCAUCGGCCUCCAGUUAAUGCAGCAGCACCACAGCCUGUUCUUGAACAAGGGAAAAGUGCUCCUUCUGUCAGUGGUGGUGACUGGGCAUCUUUUGAUGCUUUUGGCCAACAACAAACACCACAAACAAGCAGCAGUGUAAAUCCCCUUGAGUCUGCACUUGCACAGCUGUCAUUCUCUGAAGCACCCUCUGCACCAAAUGUGUCAGCUUAUCCUGCUUCUCUUGAUCCCACUUUGAAAGCAAAUGGAGGACAUUCAUCUGUGCUAGACCAUUCACAUUCCUUGUUUGAUGCGCCCUUUGGAAUCUCAGGCAACCAGGCCUCAACAGUAAUGUCGGGCCAAGGAUCAUCGGUUCAACAAUCUCCUCUAGCUGCCCCUACGGCUGGACUUCCAUCUCAAGCUACUGCAAAUCCACAAGGAACCAGUGGUAUUCAAGGAGCAUCCUCUUCUACUGACAGUAAAUUCAGUGGCAGGAAAGAACUUCCAGCAGAUAUCUUCACUGCACUAUAUCCACCAUCAACUCCAAUGAUGCCUGGUUGGCAGAGAGCUCCCCAAUUUGGAAUGGGAUCACGCCAUGCAAUAUCCACCUGGAGUGGAAUGCUCUUGCAGUUCCAGGGAAUGCAAGCAUAUCCUCAUGGAGCAUUUCCUCAGCCUACAUAUCAGCAACCUGUGUAUUCGCAACAUGCAUAUUCCCACCCCCAGCCUGUGAAAGCUUCGAACCCUUUUGAUCUUGGGAAUGAGUCAGCUCCAAUUCAAGCUCACAUGCCCCCAUCUGGGCCACCAGGAGCAUCAUCAGGCCCAGCUCCCCAAACCUUAAUUGGCAACUCUAGUUUUGGUGUUCCUCCACAGCAGCCUCACCAGCUCUAUCAGUCAGCUGCACAUCCAAGCCAUUUCAUGAUGCAGCAAGUUCCGAACAGCAUGCCCAUGCCCGAGCAACAACCUAAUAGCAUGCUUGCAACGCAACAAGGUUUGGGUUCCUUCAACAUGGGUUUUGAUCAGCAAGCUCCUCUCAGAUACCCCCAGCCAAACACCCCACCUUCCUAUGGCUCCGUUGGGGGUAGUAAUCCAUUUGGCUAA